AACUGUUCUAUAAAAGAUGGACUCCCUUUUUUUUUUUUGAGAACCAUGAAUUUAGUACUUGGAAAUUUGAACUAGCAAAAGAUACACAGGCAGUACCUAUGCUUUUCCAUUUCUUCAAGGGGAGCCAGAAUCUUGCUCAGGAGUCAGGGCCCUCACGCCAGGUGAUAGAGCAGCAAUCCUGUCCCUGGACACGCCACACCCAACUAAUGAAGGCCAGGGCUUUCAUGAGUCCAGUUCUUUGAAGCCACACCACGAAGCUCUUACUUCAUGACGCACAGGCAUGGUGGAGAGUCCUGACUUAGGGAGAAGCCCAAGUAAAGUCUUUUAUGAGGUGAGGGACUCUUCUGAGGAAACACAUAACAAGCAGAAGGGAAGGGCUUUGACGAUCACCAAAUGAGCACAAAGAAAAAAGGGCUGCCUUACAGUCCACACCCUCCACAGUGAGGGUAUAAAGGCCCAUCCGGGGAAAGGAGACCCACAGCGCUGUGGCUCGCCUUGCAUUCUGUCUUCAGCCAGACACCUCGCUCCCUCCCAGCACCAUGCCUUACAACUGCUGCCUGUCCAACGUGAGCUGCCGCAGCAGCUGCUCCUCCCGGCCCUGCGUGCCCCACAGCUGCCAUGGCUGCACCCUGCCCGGGGCCUGCAACAUCCCCGCCAACGUGGGCAACUGCAACUGGUUCUGUGAGGGCUCCUUCAACGGCAGCGAGAAGGAGACCAUGCAGUUUCUGAACGACCGGCUGGCCAGCUACCUGGAGAAGGUGCGCCAGCUGGAGAGGGAGAACGCGGAGCUGGAGGCCCGCAUCCAGGAGCGGAACCAGCAGCAGGACCCCUUGGUGUGCCCCAGCUACCAGUCCUACUUCCGGACCAUCGAGGAGCUCCAGCAGAAGAUCCUGUGCAGCAAGUCUGAGAACUCCAGGAUGGUGGUGGAUAUUGAUAAUGCCAAGCUGGCCUCUGAUGACUUCCGAACCAAGUACGAGACGGAGCUGUCCCUGCGGCAGCUGGUGGAGUCCGACAUCAACGGCCUGCGCAGGAUCCUGGACGAGCUGACCCUGUGCAGGGCCGACCUGGAGGCCCAGGUGGAGUCCCUGAAGGAGGAGCUGCUCUGCCUCAAGCAGAACCACGAGCAGGAGGUCAACACCCUGCGCUGCCAGCUUGGAGACCGCCUCAACGUGGAGGUGGACGCUGCCCCCACCGUGGACCUGAACCAAGUGCUCAAUGAGACCAGGAGUCAGUAUGAGGCCCUGGUGGAGACCAACCGCAGGGAAGUGGAGGAGUGGUUCACCACCCAGACUGAGGAGCUGAACAAGCAGGUGGUGUCCAGCUCAGAGCAGCUUCAGUCCUACCAGGCGGAGAUCAUCGAGCUGAGACGCACAGUCAACGCCCUGGAGAUCGAGCUGCAGGCCCAGCACAACCUGAGGAACUCUCUGGAAAACACGCUGACAGAGAGCGAGGCCCGCUACAGCUCCCAGCUGUCCCAGGUGCAGUGCAUGAUCACCAACGUGGAGUCCCAGCUGGCCGAGAUCCGGGCUGACCUGGAGCGUCAGAACCAGGAGUACCAGGUGCUGCUGGACAUCCGGGCCCGGCUGGAGUGUGAGAUCAACACGUACCGGAGCCUGCUGGACAGCGAGGACUGCAAACUUCCCUGUAAUCCCUGUGCCACAACCAAUGCCUGCGACAAGCCCAUUGGGCCCUGUGUCUCCAAUCCCUGUGUCACACGAUCUCGGUGUGGGCCUUGCAGCAAUUUUGGGCGCUAGAGGCCCCACUGCCAGGAGGAGGACAAGGACUUCAGUCACAUCUCAACUCCAACAAUGACCACACCAGACAAAGGAGAAACCGUUUAUCACGGCAGCUCUGACUUUCCACGGCGUCUCCUGGUCUGAUUCUCCAGCACAGGAGAGUGCAGAGCCUGUCUUUUGAGUCACACACAGAGAUCUACAACAGGAUCAAGUAGUAACUACUGUUAAAUGACACAUUUGCACGACAUGUUAUGUGUUGGCAAAACUUAUCUAAAUGCAAUUUGAAAAUGAUGAUAUUAAGUGUGGUACAGCUGCUGGGAUGCUUGUGCAACAGAACAUAACUGGACUUAAUCUUCUUUGUCACACUUUUGGAUUUUGGUGAUGUAAUAAAAAUCCUUUGUUAAUCCUCCUAAUAAACUUAUUCUGGCAUGGAAA